UGUCUCGUCUCCCCUCCGUCGGCCACACCACUUGGUCUCUCCCAGCUCCGCCUACCCCGGGUCCUCCCGUGAGGCGCAAGAUGGCUGCUGCCGCGGGGCCGGUCUCGGAGCCGUGGAACCGCGUGAGGAUCCCCAGGGCAGGGAGCCGCAGCACAGUGACAGCGAGGGACCCCAGCGCCGCCCUGAAACUUUGUAUAGCAGCUGUAAUUAAAGAAUGCCAUCUCGUCACACAGUCUCUGAGGAGCCAAACGUUAGAUGCAGAAACAGAUGUGUUAUGUUCGAUCCUUUACAGCAACCACAACAGAAUGGGCCGCCACAAACCCCAUUUGGCCCUCAAACAGGUUGAACAAUGUUUAAAACGUUUGAAAAAUAUGAAUUUGAAGGGUUCGAUUGAAGAUCUACCUGAGUUGUUUUCUUCCAAUGAAAAUCAGAGUGUAGCUACCAAAGUGUGUGUCAUCCCCAGCCAACCAGUGGUGGAGUUGGCGUUGAUGAAGGUUUUAGGGGCCUGCAAGCUGUUACUCCGCUUGUUGGAUUGCUGCUGCAAGGCAUUUCUUUUGACUGUGAAACACCUAGGAUUGCGAGAGUUCAUUAUUUUAAACCUUGUCGUGGUUGGGCUGGUGAGCAGAUUAUGGGUUCUCUAUAAAGAUGUUUUAAGAAGGUUGAUUUCUUUAUAUGAGCCAUUGUUUGUAUUGCUUCAAGAGGUCUCUAGGAUUCAACCCAUGCCUUACUUCAAAGAUUUUACCUUUCCAGCUGAUAUUACCGAAUUUCUAGGACAACCCUAUCUUGAAAUCUUUAAGAAAAAAAAGCCUACAGCUUUUGCAGCUAAAGGAGUAACUAAGUUGCUAAAUAAACUAUUUUUGAAAAAAGAACAAUCACCAGGAUCCAGUGAAGACACUUCACUUAGAAUUGCCCAAAAGGCUAAACAAAUGACAAUCAAUGUACAGAAUAAUGUGGAUCUUGGACAGCCAGUCAAGAAUAAGAAAGUCCUCAAAGAAAAGUCAUCAGGAUUUGAUGUGAGGGCUUUCUGCGAACAGCUGAAACACAAAGCUAUUCAGGAGACCAGCUUUGAAUCUGUAUCUUCUCAAUCCAAACUAAAGACAACCAAACGUUCUUCUCGGAAAAUGAUAGGAUCUCUGCAUGCCAAAAGUUUUGUACAAAGAUUCCGAGAGGCCAGAACUUUCAUACAACUUUCUGAAGAAAUCCAAGUGGCAAUUGUAUGGUGCAGGACCAAAAAACUCAAGGCUCAGGCCACCUUUCUGGCUAACAAACUUCUUAAAAGUAACCGGCUUAAACAUGUAGAAGCUCAAGGUUAUAGUUUGCCAAAGAAACUAGACUGCAUAAAAACAUCUGUUUGCAACUGCCUUCUUCAUGGCUCAGGUAACAAAACUUCAAAGCAUCAUCUGAGGCAAAGAAGAUCACAAAAUAAAUUUUUACUAAGAAAAAGGAAACCACAGAGAAAGUGGCAGUCAACUCUUUUAAAGGAAAUUCAGCAGUUCCCUCAAGAACCUCUGAAGAGUGCUGUGGACACCAGUACUAAGAGGAGUCUCUCAUACCGCACAGUUCAGAGAACUGAUCACUGCCCCAAUAGUAAGCAGCUCCUGAGCAGCAGACUUGCAAAACCUGCCACACAAAGUCAGGAGAAUCAGAGUCAUGGAAGUCUUACAGGAAGCAGUGAAAGUCAAACUGAUUCAUGGACAAAGAUGCACAUAAGCAAACAAAAUACGCCAGGACCUGUUCAAGAGACAGAUGACAUUGAUGACAUUUUUGCUUUAAUGGGAGUGUAGAUGUGCACAUGUGAGACUUAAGCAGUUAACAAACUGGCCCAUUGUUGUGCUGUUUUAAGUGCAGCUGCUGAGAUCUUGAAAUACUACUGCUUAGGCUCAGAGAGGAGCUGCUUCCAUGCAACAUCCCAUAAGAGUUCAUGUCAGUUCAGGAAGCAUUUGUAGUAGCUUGGUAUCAUUUCAUCACCAAAUACUUAUUUGGCUUUGACUGUGUGCCAGGUGCUGAGAUAUAGUGUUGCAGAAUGUCUUUGGAAGUAGAUGGAAUUCCUUAACUGAGACUGGUAGGUCCCUGAAAAAUUAAUAAUUUUAUAAUUUAUCAGCGAAUUAAGAUGUAAUAAAUGAGUUUGCCAAAAGCUUCUGUGCCUUAAACAGGGAGUGAGGUGAGGGAGUAGCAAGGAGACUCCCAGAGGGUGGCUUUAGCUUCAUCAGCACCAUCAGGAAGGUCCACUUGGGAACACCAGUGUUUGUAGCUUCCGAUGGUGCUAUCAUCAGAAGAACUCAAGUUUUGCUGUGGUAAUUAUAUUACCAGAGACUGGUUAUAACCACUUUCUCUUAAUUUGUUCACUUUAUGUCCGGAGGACAUUGAAUGUGUUUUCAAAUGAUGAUGUGAAGUCUGAAGAAUAUUUUAAAUGUUUAAGCUUAAGUAGAAUUAUGUAAAUAAGCUUCCAUAAUAAUUGUCUUAAAUUUUAUGUUGUUACAGACUUAGAGAAAACAGUACUGUAGUAUAUAAUGCAUCCUCCUUUUCUUUGGUAAUCUUUAUAAGCCGUUGCCCUUUCUGCUUGCUUUUUGUAUUUUCUUACCUAUCCCAGUGGUUCUUGAACUGGUACAGAGUCACCUGGUCAGUUGUUUAAAAACAGAUUCCUAGUCUCUCCCCAGAGAAAUAGAGGACUAGAGGAUGGGACUGAAGUUCUGCAUGUCUGUUUUAACAGGAGUCCAGGUGAUUUUGAUGCAAGUGGCUCAAAAUCCAGAGUUAGCACGAAAAGUGGUUUAGCUUCUCUCCUGAAGCCUUGUCAGACAUCCUGUUUUCAGCAGUUCUUAAUCUCCAAAUCUAAAAUCUGAAACUUUUGAGCACAAACUGUUCAAGAAGUUACAGAUUUUGGAACAUUUCUGAUUUCAGAGUUGAUCUGGGAUGCUUAAUCAGUAAAGCCUAGGCUGAUACUCAUUCCAAAAUUUGAAACACUUCCGGUCUCAAGCAGCUUGGAUUAAGGAUAAACCUAGUAUUAGGUGCUCAGUUUAUUUAAAACAGCAGUAUAUAUGACCUGUUUUUUAAAACUUGGUCUUCCUACUUCUGCUCUCCCUGAUCCAAAUCCAGCGUUCACCUGAAGGUGAACGAUUCCAGUGUGAAAUGAAUGGCACCUCCAACACAUAACCAAUUUGUUGAUUCACAAACCAACAUUUUAUCAAGAAUAAUUCUUUUAAUAGUCAAAUAAGGACUCAAAAAGAUUAAUUACAGGCAUACAUACGAGCUUUUAUUCUUCAACUUACCUAUCUGUUUAACAGAGAAACAGCUUUUUACUUGUCCUUUUUAAUAUUAAAAAAAAAAUGAUAGACAUUUUCAAGUUAAAAGCCCAAUAAAUAAAACGGCAAACCUUUCUCUA